AUGGUACUACUAACCAUUUAUGGAUUAGGAAUUGUCAUCAACAGGAUUAAAAAAGGGAAAUCUUCCGUAAAAGGACUAGGAAUUAAGAAAACUCGAAUAAAACUCAUUACUAUGUUACUAGUCUUAAUCAUUGAUACCCGCAAAGCCAGCGAUUUACCGGCUGAUUCAGAUAUUAGUGCUGCAAAGUAUGACGAACUUAAAGUGCCUGGUAAUAAAAAAUAUGACCCAGUUAAAAUUAUUCUUCGAGACAAAAAAACCCAAUUAAGAAGCGCCAAAGUUCAACCUGACCUCACCGAAAUUGCCACCGAAUUAAACCAAAAACCCAUAAUAAGACUACUUUUAGAAACGAACCAAGCAAAAAAGAAAAUAAUUUCUCAAGUGAUUACCAGUAAGUCUGAUAUAAUAGUUAGUUUUGAUGAGGAAUAUCUAGAUCCGGUUAUAAGUCAAAAAAAGACCUAUGAUUUUCGUAGUUGA